CAGCAACACAACCAACGAAUGCCUUGGGAUGUCUUCCCCUUUUUCCUGGUAUUAUUUGGAAAUCUUGGAUUACAACUCACAGAUUUCUUAGCCAAUGUGACAAACGGAUAUUUAUAUUCGACAGUUAUUGUCUAACAGUUCCAGAGGGCGUGAAAUUGAGAAAUCUAUCCUAGUAAGUAGAAUGCUCUCGGAGCCAAUUUGAUUUACUAUACUAUUAGAAGUAACUAAUAAAGGAGAAUAUUUGUAAGGGUUGAAAUGAGAGGUCCUUGGUGGUCUCUGAACUUGCUUGUUUUCUCGCAGCUGUUUCAUUACUGAAACUACAUAAUAUCAUCAGUGCUACUGUAGUGUUAUCUAGUUUGGGUAAUUUAAUGUCUGCAACAAAACAAUCAAGUUCAGAUAGCACCAAGGAUCUCUCAUUGGACAAUAUUGUCAGGUUUAUGCAUCUUUUCUUGGGGGAAAAAAAACCAUCCCAUUUCGGUUCAAUGACAUUUAUACUCCCAAGGAAACAUCUGCAAGAUUUACAUCCUUAUGGAGGGGAGAUCUAGAUUCCAGUUCUAAGAUUGUGAUGAGGCUUAAACGAGGCUCUGAAAUGAUUUUUUAGAGGUUUAGAAGUAAAGAAUUCCAGGGGGAUGGAAAAGUAGACAUUAGGAAGAAGGUGUGACUCUGUGGGCACAAUGUGGAAUUGUAGAGGUUGAUACAUAUAUGGGGUAUUCCAAAGGGAUAUCUUUGCUUGGUCAUGCCUCUAAUCCCAUUAUUUCCUAUAUUGUAUAUGGCGUGUGUGUCAAAUCUUUGUGCCAUUUUUGCUCCCUAGGAGGGAAAAAAAUGGACGAGGCUUUUUAUUUUGCCCUGAUUUGCUCACAGGAACGAGGAAUCUAUCCCAUUGCAGCACAAGGAUGCAAAAUGUUGAUUGAAUGAUUGAUUGAUUGUUUAUUUGUUCAUAAACCCAAAGCAGGAAUCGCAGCUCCAUUUGACUGCUCUCGCACCUUGGGGGUUACCGUAUGUCUUAAAAUCCACCCUGCCACUGAAUGAAAUUUUUAGAAAGGGGAUUAGUCCCUUGGUCCAAUUAAGUCCUUUUCCUUUGUCUCUUCCAUGAUGUCCACCACGAAAGCCAUGUGUGCAUUGGAAUGUCUGGGCCUGAGGCUGCCAUCACAAGCUGAAUUGGUACGUGCAGUUUCACAGCCCUGCGAUAAAAUGACACGAGACGUGGGCUUGGAUGAUGAGCUUCCAGACUGGGCUGGAGCCAAGGAAUUCUACCAGAAAUACGACCCCAAGGAUGUUAUUGGCAGAGGAGUAAGCAGUGUGGUCCGGCGAUGUAUACACAAGCAGACGGGACAGGAGUUUGCAGUGAAGAUUAUUGAGGUAACCCCGGAGCGCAUGACUCCCCAGCAGCUGGAAGAAGUCCGUUUGUCGACCAGCAAAGAGAUUGCCAUCCUGCACCAGGUCUCCGGUCACCCUUUUAUUAUAACUCUUAUAGAUUCCUAUGAGACAUCCACCUUCAUGUUCCUAGUCUUUGAUUUAAUGAGACGUGGCGAGCUUUUUGACUACCUUACAGAGAAAGUAACCAUCAGUGAAAAGGAGACCAGAUGCAUCAUGCGAGCCCUCCUGGAGGCCGUGAGCUACCUUCAUGAGAACCACAUCGUCCAUCGAGACCUCAAACCGGAGAACAUCCUCAUGAACGAUGAUCUCAGCAUCAAACUGUCUGAUUUCGGCUUCUCCUGCCAUUUGGAGCCGGGAGAGAAACUGCGAGAGUUAUGUGGUACCCCGGGCUAUCUGGCACCUGAAAUAUUGAAAUGUUCCAUGGACGAGACUCACCCUGGUUAUGGGAAGGAGGUGGACCUCUGGGCCUGUGGCGUCAUCUUUUUCACCCUCCUGGCUGGCUCUCCCCCUUUCUGGCACCGCAAGCAGAUGUUGAUGCUUCGGAUGAUCAUGGAAGGCAGAUAUCACUUUGGUUCUCCAGAGUGGGACGACCGAUCGGACACAGUCAAGGAUUUGAUUUGCCGACUGUUGAAAGUAGAUCCCAUCGAAAGGUUGAGCGCUGAGGAGGCACUGCAGCACCCUUUUUUCCAGCGCUACGGAAGGGAGCAGCGACAUUUCAGUCCCUUCCAUAAAUUCAGGGUCAUCGUGUGGGCAGUGCGGGCUUCUAUCCGCAUCUACUCCAGCUACCGUCGGGUGCGCCCAGUCACGAAGGAGCAGCUGCUGUGUGACCCCUAUGCCCUCAAGGGGGUGCGCAAGCUGAUUGACGCUUGUGCCUUCCGAAUCUACGGCCACUGGGUCAAGAAGGGCGAGCAACAAAACCGGGCUGCCCUCUUUGAAAAUGUCCCAAAGGCCAUUCAGGUGGCCUUGAUGAACACAGAAGGAGAGGAGGCCCCGUCCUCGGCUGUGGAAGAUCCUCUCUUCCAGAAAGACGUCCUCUAGCCCCUGUGAAACAGGAGGGGUGAGGGAUGUUGAGGGGGCAGGGGGGUUACACAGAACUGAACCUCAUCCUUGCCCCAUUGGGAGAGGACAGCCAAUGGUUAGAGUCCUCCUUUGGGUUCCUUGUGCACGGAAGAGACUGACUUUCUAGGGAACAAGAACUUGGGGAACCUUGAAUUUUGGGCUGAUGGGACAUGAUUCCCUGAUUAUACCUGGAAGGUUGUUCUGGAUUUGGGUAGGGUUGUUAUCACAUUAAUGGUGUUGGUCCAAAGGGAGGGACUGGGGAGAGCAAUGUGCUUCUUCUGCAAGACCGGGAGCCCCUGAUGUAGCCCUUUGCGCAGUAAAGGGGUCUCAUCUGUCACUGGAGUCCCUUUUGUUGAGGGAACAAUCUGUGUCUUUAGAUUUGGUCAGUAUUGGAGAUCAGGUGUGGGAUCAGGUUUUGCAUCUCUCCUCCUUGCUGUAAUCAAGUAGUGGACGUGGCUUUUUUGCUGAACUGCUUGUUGUUGUUCUCUGCCAUCCCCCACCUUAUGAUUGUCCAAACUAUAAUAAAAGUGAAAUGAGAUCAAAA